AUGGUAACGUCUUGGAUUCUAAAUUCACUCUCCAAAGACAUUGCGGACAGUGUGGAAUAUACGAAUAAUGCUGUUGAGUUGUGGAGAGAAUUGGAGGAUCGAUAUAACCAGACUAAUGGUGCUAGGCUAUACAAAAUCCAAAAAGAGAUAAACGACCUGCCUCAAGUUGUGCUGGGCAUUACAUGCUAUUAUACUAAGCUGAAAAAGUUGUGGGAAGAGCUGAAUACUUUGAGCAAAAAGACUCAUUGCACCCGUACUUGUAUGUGUGGUGCCAAGGAGAAUAUGCACAAAGCCGAGCAGGACAGGAGAUUGAUACAGUUUCUUAUGGGACUUAAUAAAGUCUACACUGUCGUACGUGAAAGCAUUCUCAUGAUGAAUCCGCUACCAAAUCUUGCACAAGCCUUCUCACUACUCAUUCAGGAUGAGAAACCGAGAGAUAUCAAGCCAAAUAAUCAAAUGCUAUUUGUCGCGCCCCUUUUUUCCUUCGCGGGGAAGUCCGAGUUUCGACAUUCAUGGGGGAACAACUCGUUUCCUUUUAAGAAUUGGGUGUUUAAGAGUCGCCACCUAAUGGAUUAA